AUGAUUAGUUAUUCACAUAAAGAUGAAAUUUUUUGUAAACAAUUAUAUAAUGAACUUAUUAAAAUAGGUUAUCAUAUAUGGAUUGAUUUUGAUCAAAUGCAUGGCAAUAUUAUGGAUUCAAUGGCACAAGCAAUUGAACAAUCAAAUACAAUUUUAAUUUGUAUGAGUGAACAUUAUCAUAGAAGUAAUUAUUGUCGUGCAGAAGCAAAUUAUGCAUUUCAACGUGAAAUUCAAAUAAUUCCAAUUCUUUUACAAGAACAUUAUAAACCUGAUGGUUGGUUAUUAUUUUUAGUUGGUCAAUUAAAAUAUAUCAAUUCUAUUAAAUGUGAAUUUUCACAAGCUAUGCAAAUAUUAAUUAAAGAAUUGAAAGCUUCUGUUAUCAGUGAAAUAUGUCCAGUAAAUAUUCAUUUAAAAAAAGAUGUUAAUACUACAGUUUCUAUGACAUCUAUAUCAUCGACAUUCAUAUUUCCAGAAAAUAUUCUCGAUUGGAAUGAAAUACAUGUGCAAAAUUGGUUAAUUAGUCAUGGUUUGUUACAAAUGUCUCGUUUAUUUACUAAUUUUAAUGGUCAAAGUUUAAUGUAUAUGAGUGAAAUCAUAGAAAAUAUUCAUAUUCAACAAGUUGUAUCUUUAUUACAAGAUGAUUCUCUUCGACGAACAAAUCAAAAUUUAUCAUUAGUUGAAUUGAGUCAUUUUCGAUCUUUAUUUAAUCAACAAAAACAAUCAUUGACAUCUACCAUCGUUACUAAACCUACAAAAAAGUGA